AAGGAUGGCCACCCAGCUUCGGACCAAGGAGACCCUGGCAAUGAGGACUGAAUGGUGAGGCCCUUCAGAGUUCUGCACCUUGUUGACAUCAAUCAGAUGCAUCAUCCUGUGUGUCUUCUGAUCCUCUCAGCCCUUCUGGUCACGUCUCUUGAACACUGUGAGGAGGGCCUUGCAGUGAGUAAUGUGUCCUCUUACAGGGGUCGGUGGCAUUCAGGGAUGUGAUUGUAGACUUCACCCAGGAGGAGUGGCAGCUGCUGAAGCCUGCGCAGAAGGACCUGUACAGGGAUGUGAUGAUGGAGAUCUACUGGAACUUGGUCUCGCUGGGAAGAAAAAUGAAGAGAAAUGACCUAGAUAUUCACCAAGAGACUAAAAGAAUAAAACAUGAUGGAAAUCAGAAAACUCUUCAAAGAUGAGCACUUUUUGGUUUUCACUGACAAAAAAAGGAUAAUAUUCUUUCUUGGAUAAUGUUCUUAAGGAAAAACACUAACUUUCUGACUUAGUGUACAGUCCCAUUUCUUUAACAGAUUUUUCUGGUGGUUUUACUGACCUACUAUUAACUGCACAUAGAUAAAGCAAAUGAUUUGACGCAUUUUGACAUUUGUGUCCAACCAGAAAUUAUCAUUGUGAUGCAGAUACACGGAUUAGCCUGAAAAGUUUUUCUUUCUUUUUGUCCAUGCACAAUCCUUUAGUGACAAAAGGGGUUUAGUUUUUCUAUUCUAGAAUUUUAUAUGUAUGGAAUUAUAUAGCACAUAUUUUUAAUUUUUCAUCUGAUUUGUUACACUUCACAUCAUUUUGUUGAGGUUCACUCAAUGUCAACUGUAUGUACGAAUCAUUCCCUCAUUUUUUUCCUUUCUUAUUUUUUAAAAUUGAUUUUAAAGAAAGAAGGAUUGUGUGUGAGAAAAAUCAAUCCAUUCUCUUCUGUAUAAGCCUUGUACUUAGAUCCAACACACAGUCCUUUGGUGGACUUGACAACUCUAACCAGCUGAGCUAGGUGUCCAGUGCAAUAGGUGACUUCUUUUUAUUGCAGAGUAAUAUUCUACUUCCGGGAUAGAUCACCAUGUGUUUAUCCUUUUACUUGAUGAUCAAUAUUAGGAUUGUUUCCAUUCUACACUCAAGGGAAGGGUCUGAAUCUCAGGUUUUGUGUGGCCAAUAAGUGCUUUAAUGGGGGUAUGAGACAGCUGCUUACCACUCUUGCUUUCUUUGUUACGUCCUAGGAAAGAGGGCUACAUGUGACAGGAUAUUCCCUUUUUUAAUGAGAUUUUCGUGUAAGAUGCCAUAGUUUUUAAAUGUGUGAAUGAACCUUAAAGUGCAUAUGCAGAGUCUGGACCUCAGGACAGUCACCUUGUCUGGAAACAGGUUGAAGAAUCAAUGGGACAAGGCAUAACAGACUGGGAGGCUGUGUGGUUCGCAGGGGUGGAUUAGUGCACUGAGUGGAGGGGUGAGGAGCCAGGCCAAAGGGCGGGCCACUCAGGGGCAGUGUGGACCUGUGGGAGCUUCACUGGCAUGUGGGGAGACAGAAGACAACCAGCACAACAGCAUGAGAAUCAGCUCUUAACUGUAUCAUUAGUAGUAACAGGCGAUGCUUUGAGAAGCACAGCUGUCUGGAGAUGUGCACAAAAAGGCUUGGAAAGCAAGGAACCGGGUGCAGUGAACCCUCCCUGGGUGCGUGGGGUCAAUAGAUGCACUCCUCCAAACCUGUUUUCUUCCUAGUUCUCUUCUUGGUCUUUCCUGCCAGGUCUGAGCAGUGCAGGCCAUGUUUGCAUCUAUUUCCAUCAGGCUUUUCUUGCUGUGUUUUCACAUCCUUAAAACUCAUUGUCUCACUCACCUGCACCCUCCUUCCUGUGUACCUACUGCAGGCUGUCCUCUGCUGUCAGAAUGUGCCUUGUCAUGUCUUGGGAAGAUCCUCCCUCCAAGUGUGGUUAACUACAUGAGUGUUGUCAUCUCUUUUCCCCUCCCCUCAGACUUGGAGACUGGACAGAACAUGAAUGAACUGGACCCAGAGAAGGAAUCUUUGGAAGACAGCCCAUCCAUUGUAAUGGUGGUGGAAGGACUCAUGAAGAAUGGGGCCCAGGAUUAUGCCUGUGAAAAAGUGGGGAUACAGGGGGACAGGGAGGGGCAGCAACACAGAAGCACAGGGACCUGUCUAGUGCCUCUGGACAUGUCCCAAGUGUUAGCUCCUGAGUGUUGUGAAUUUAAGACAUUGAUCCACCAGAGCUAUAUGCAGAACCCACCAAGACUGGAAGGACCGAGAGGGCCAGGGAUGUACUGUUUCACCAUGGGUGGGAAGAACUCAGAUACUUCAAGCCCCAGUCCUGCCUCCCAACUUUGUGCAGAGAAGAAGACAUACAAGUGCAGACACUGUGGGAAGACUUUAAGCUCAAAGUCAUCCUUGAGGAAGCACCAACGGAACCAUUCCUUAGAGAAGCCAUAUGUAUGUAGGGAUUGUGGUAAGGCCUUCAGCCGGAAGGAUAAAAUCACCCUACACCAGAGGACACACACCGGGGAGAAACCUUACAUGUGUGUGGACUGUGGCAAGUCUUUCAGCCAGAAGGGUAACAUCAUCCUACAUAAGAGAACGCACACUGGGGAGAAGCCAUAUGUGUGCGGGAACUGUGGCAAAGCCUUCAGCCACAAAUCAACCCUCAAUGUGCAUCAGAGGACUCACACCAGGGAAAAGCCUUAUUCUUGUGGGGACUGCAACAAGGCCUUCAGAGACAAUAGGCGCCUCAUCGAGCAUCAGAGGAUACAUACUGGGGAAAAGCCAUACCUGUGUGGGGACUGUGGCAAAGCCUUCAGCCAUAAAUCGAGCUUCUAUGUGCAUCACAAGACACACACUGGGGAGAAACCUUACGUGUGUGGGGACUGUGGCAAGUCCUUCAGCAAGAAGGGUUAUAUCACCCUACACCAGAGAACACACACCGGGGUGAAACCAUAUGUGUGCAGGGACUGCGGCAAGACCUUCAGAGAUAAUUGGAUCCUCAUCCAGCAUCAGAGGAUGCACACCGGGGAGAAGCCAUACACGUGUGGGUACUGUGACAAGGCCUUUAGCAAGAAAAGGUAUCGCGUCCUACAUGAGAAAACACAUACUGGAGAGAAGGUUCAUUUGUGCAGGGACUGCGGCAAAGCCUUCAUCCACAAGUGGAGUCUCAUUGUGCAUCAAAGGACACACACAGGGGAGAAGCCUUAUGUGUGUGGGGACUGUGGCAAGGCCUUCAGAGAGAAUAGGCGCCGCAUCGAACAUCAGAGGAUACACACAGGGGAGAAGCCUUAUGUGUGUGGGGACUGUGGCAAGGCCUUCAGAGAGAAUAGGCGCCUCAUCGAUCAUCACAGGACACACACUGGGGAAAAGCCAUACAUGUGCGGGAAGUGUGGCAAGGCCUUCAGCAACAAAAGGUGCCUCAUCCUACAUGAGAAGACACACACUGGGGAGAAGCUGCACUCGUGUGGGGACUGUGGCAAAGCCUUCAUCCACAGAUGGAGUCUCAUUGUGCAUCAGAGGACCCACACAGGGGAGAAGCCUUAUGUGUGUGGGGACUGUGGAAAGGCCUUCAGAGAGAAUAGGCGCCUCAUGGAGCAUAAGAGGAUGCACACCGGGGAGAAGCUGCACUCAUGUGGGGACUGUGGCAAAGCCUUCAGCCAGAAAUGGAUGCUCAUUGUGCAUCAGAGGUCACACACCGGAGAGAAGCCGUAUGUGUGCAGUGACUGUGCAAAGGCCUUCAGCACGAAAGGUCAGCUCAUUCUGCAUCAGAGGACGCACACGGGGGAGAAGCUGCACUCCUGUGGGGACUGUGGAAAAGCCUUCAGCCAGAAAUCCGGCUUCAUUGUGCAUCAGAGAACACACACUGGAGAGAAGCCGUAUGUGUGUGGUGACUGUGGCAAGGCCUUCAGUCAGAAAUCCAGCCUCCUUGUGCAUCAAAGGACUCACACAGGGGAGAAGCCAUACCUGUGUGGGGACUGCGGCAAGUCAUUCAGAGUGAAGAAGAGCCUCACUGAGCAUCAGAGGACACACAUUGGGCAAAUGUCGUAUGUGGGCAAGGACUCCAGCCAGGCCUUCACAGAGAAUAGGUGCCUCAUCGAGCACCAGAAGAUGCACACCGGGUAGAAGCCAUAUGUAUGCAGGGGUUGUGGCAGGGCUUGUAGCUAGAACAGGAACUUCACUGACCAUCAAAGAGUGCAGAUUUCGUCCCUGGCUGGUGUGGUUUUGUGGAUUGAGUGCUGGACUGCGAAUCAAAGGGUCUCUGGUUCAAUUCCCACUCAGGGCACAUGCCUGGGUUUAAGGCCAGGUCCACAGUAGGGGGGUGCUCCAGAGGCAACCAUAUAUUGACGUUUUCUCUCAUUCUUCCUUCUCUUUCUAAAAGUAAAUAAUUUUUUUUUAAAAACUAGGAAAAUAAAACAAUGUACCCUCAGGAGAAGGUAUACAUGUUAGGCUAUUACAGACUUUAGCAAGAGCUCCUCAUUCAGGAAGUACAAACCAGUGCACACUGGGCAGUCCCCUGCCAGUGCUCCACGUGCCAGAAGGACUUAAUGACAUGCUUAUCCUUACAGAAUUCUCUAACUAGCCCCACCUUGGAAAAUUGUGGCAAAACCUUCAUCAGGAACUUUUUGCUCCCCAUCCGCUGGGUGAUUUCUGUGGGAGACAAGCUCUACCACAGUGGCAAGUGCAGGGAAACCUUCAGGAAUUUCUACCUCAUGUGAUACAUAGCAGGGAAUUGGGGGCUUUUAGAAUCCACACCUGGUAGGUCCCGAGCCCAUGGGUCAGUGCCAGACUUGGUAUUGGAGCCCACAGAUAGGAAGCAAGAGAAGUCCUGAUCAGACCUGUCUUAGAAGUAUUGGUGUUGAGGACACACCAAGGCAUUCUCGCCAUUUGCUUCCCCAGCAUCCACAGGGCCAGGUGCAAAGCAAGCCCCACUUGAGGUCUCGUAUCUGGAAAUGUUGCCAGGCGUCCUGUGGCUCCAGACCCAGAUCUAGUAAACUUUGGGAGCUUGGACAACACAUUCAGUGUCUCUGGUCUCCAUCUACUGUAUAGCAAAGUGGAGGGGAGAAAGGAGAAAGGAAGAUGUGGAGGUGGGCUCCAUGGGGGCAUUGUCACUUUGUGACACAUGUCUGGAUCUUGUCUAGAGGCCAGGUUAUCACAUCUGUGGCUGUCUUCAUUUACUCCAUACCCAUCCUCCGUAUCCUUCCAACAGUAGAAGUGCCAGGUAUUUUAUGAGGAGAAGGACAUUUCUUUCAGCCUGGGAACUAACAAUAAUUGCAUCAGGUGCCAUCGUUUCUCAUAGGGAUGUAUAAAUUUUUAAAAAAUAGAACUUAAAGGGAGACUAAUGUCAUUGUAAACAAUCAGGUGCAAAAUGUACACGUACGGGACAUUUUGCCCUGUCAAAAUGAGUGUGAACACUUUGGGGGGGCGGUGAUCCAAAUACCCUACAGGAACCUUAGGAACUCAGCAAACCUGCCCAAGGUAUGAGGCCACCUGUCCCUCCCAGCCCUACAUUCCUGGCUUGGGAAUGGUCAGAUCAGGUGGCAGGACCCAGACCUUCAGUAGCAGAGAUGGAGAAAGUGCCUGUUGUGCUGAAACACACCCUUUUGGCCUCCUCCCCACAGGGCCAUUUAAGUUACAGGAGAAAAAUUCUCAUAAUACAGUGUCCUGACCCACCCCUUGCAACCAGAAUUUCUGAGAAAAUAAAGUGCCUUCAGUUAGGCUGUAGCAUUACCUAAUCUAUGCCUCACCCACAGCCUAGGUCACGUUUUACUUAAUAUUUUAUUACUGAUAUGGAUAGCAACCUCUUACCAAUAAUAAAUAGCAAGUGAUAUGAAAAUGGUGUUCUGUUAACAAUAAAGCAAUACCUAAAGCUUUUAUUAAUAAGUGGGAAACUAUUAACUAUUUUGUAUAGGUUGUUAUUUGGGAUGAUUCUGUGAAUGGCUGCUGAUGGUGCUGCAGCCUAGUACCCUCCUCAUCACCAAACGUGUACGACCUGGUGGUGAUCAAUACUUAGACUGGCUCCCACUUCUGUACAGUUGCCAAUUUACUGAAGUGCUCCAGUGGGACAGACACAGCACAGUGUGCUUAUCCACCUGGCCUGAAACGGAGUCCCUGCUGGUGGCUCAGUGAAGCAUUGCUUGUGUAUGUGAAGGUUGCAGGUUCUGUCACUGGUCAGGUGCCUACAAGAAAAAAAAGAACAAUCUGAUGAGUGGGACGAAAACAUCAAUGUGUCUCUUUCUCUCAAAUAAAUAGAAUUUUAAAAAGUGAAGUAGAUUCUUCUACUUGUAGGGUGAUCCUUACAAGAGUCUCGGUGAAACAGUCACAUUUGGGGCCACUGCUGAAGUCCCAGAGGGAACAACAUUCCCCGCCCAUGGUGAGGUCUGGCCAAGUCUUAACCAACAGGGAGUCCAUGAUCAUGGGUGACUCAACAGGGCACACUGUGGACUGCACCCAGACAGCAGAUGGACUUGAUUGAGCUCACUCAGUUUAUUUUCAGUGUAAUGAGUUUUCCUCAUUAAAUCAUUAUAAUUUACAUUUACAGGCAUCACACUUCAUUCAUUUAACUCUUCAGGAAAAUAUAGACUAUCUCAUUGCCCUAGCUGGUGUGGUUCAGUGGAUGGAACAUCAGCCAGCUAACUGAAAGAGCUCCAGUUCAAUUCUUGGUCAGGGCACAUGUUUGGGUCAUGGGCCUGGUCAACCCUGGCCAUGUGGCUCACAUAGGUGGAAUAUUGUCCCUUGUACCCAAAGGUUGCAGAUCACAACAAAUGGAUUUUUGUCUCACAUGGAUUUCUCUCUCUCCAUUUGUAAAAUCAAGUACAUAUCCUCCAAUGAAGAAUGAAAAAGAAUAAGAGAAUGGAAACAAAGUCAUUAAUCACCACCUAAGGAAGCUGCAGUCAGCACUUUUGCAGUCACUGAGGCAUUCAGUGAAUGCUUUUGGACUUGGCAUUGCAGUUUAUAGUUAAAAGGGCCUUGGGCUAAGGACCUGUUGCUCCAAUUUUUCCAUUUUGGAUGGCUGGUGGAUUGGUGGAUGACUGGUUAGCCAAUGAUUGGUAAGAUUCCUCAAGGGAGGGACAACCUAAGACAGGCAUGGUCACAAACGGGACCUCAGGGAAGGACUUGGGGGGCUAUAGAGAAAGGGGGUGAUGGACCCUCACCCCUCAGCUUUGACAUAGCCUGAGUUCUCAUUCUGUCUGCAAGAAGUCUCAUAAUAUCUUGGCUGCCUUACUUCCCCCACCUGAUUUAAGCCUGAAACAAUGACUUAAGCCUAAAACAA